AUGAGUCACGACGGAGCACUUCAUGAUAUGGGAGCCAAGGCCCAGGAAAUGGCUGAGACCGCCAAGGACAAGAUUAUCGGUGCUGCCCAAACAGUCAAGCACACCGUAAAAAAUGCUUAUGAAAAUGUUGCCCAAGCUGGAAGCGAUGCAGCCCAUAAUGCAAAAGAAAAAACAAAGGAGGGAUACAACAUUACCGCCGAUGCUGGACAUGAUGCCAAAGAGGCCGUGAAGCAAAAGGCCAAUGCUGGAUAUCAAGGAGCCAAAGAAGGAUACCAUCAACGAGUUGAAGGUGGCGGGUGUUGCAAUGAUCAUCCAGCCGAUGACGCUCGCAACUAUGCUGCUAACAAAAUGCAUGCUGCAGGCGACGCUCUGCAGAGACACUAA